CUCAAUAGUGUACCUACAUGAAAACAAUAGGCCUUCAUUAAAAUCUUAUUAAUUCCUCAUUUACCAAUCAGCUUGCUAAAGAACUUGUUAUAUUGCUUAUAAAACCCGCCAAUUUUGACUUACAAAAUGGCGGGAAAAAUAUUUUUCAUCUGUGCCCUUUUUCUUUUCUUUUGUUCUUUGACGGAUGCACGGUUCUUUAUAGUCCCGGAAGAUGUCGCUAUGCUGUUCACGACUAUCUAUGGAUUUGCUCCACCAAUUCGCAAAGGUAACGACCACCGAAUAGGCUUUGGCUACCGUUUCGGAAACCACGCUGAUGUUCAAGUUCUAUACGAGUUGGGACCUCAGCUUACUACUAAAAAAUUGUCGUCUGUUGGUGUACCUCCCUUACCGUCAUUAGAUCGCAGCAUUCGACGGCCACUAGUCGACUUGCUCGUACGGAGAGGAAUUUUAAAGGAAUCUAAUCAUAAUAAAGUACAUGAUAAACCAAAACCGAAAUAAAAAUAUUUUAUUUUAAAUCUAGGCUUUUACUGUGUAAAUCUUUAUAUUUUAAUAACUUUUUGUGAAAAAAACAAUGUUAUUUUGAUAAUUAAAUUCCGAAUUGCAUAAUAAUGUCCAGUUAACGGUGCAUUUACAUCAAACGAACAUAGAGCUAGAGCAAGAUAAUUAUUUCGUGAUCUUUUAGUUUAAACGAAAACUCGACUGUUGUUCAGUAUAAGAACAUUGCAGAGAAUCUUUUCGAACGCACUUAAAACAACGAAAGAAUGCUCUACGCCUGUUUACACUAAACGAAUUUUACAUAGUGUGGUUAGAAUGAGCAUGAGCUCGUUUGAUGUAAAUGUACCGUAAUAAAAAGACAGUAUUAUCUUCGUAGACUUAACUACUAAUUUAAACUUAUUAUUACAAAAAAAGAUAUGUAAAUUGCAUAAAAAAUUCUAGUAAUGUUGAUUGUUGAAAAUUCUAGUAAUGGCGAUUGACUUGUAAAAGCAUAGUUUUGUCAAAAAAAAACUUCUUCAAGGUAUUGAAUUUUAAUAAAUCCGAUUAAAGCCGGUUUUAAAACAGUCAAAAGGGGAAAUAAAACACAAAAAUUUGAAAUUA